GCUGUUAAAAAUAAAUUACAUUAAUGUUCAAAUUAUAUCAUUUUUCCUAGAGAAGAUUUGUUCAAUUCAUCAGAGCCAUGUGCUAGGAUAAAUAACAGAUUAGGAAUGUUUAGUUCAAAACCAUAAAAUGUUUCCUGUGGCAUAUGUUUACUCUGUCUCCCAGGAAGGGCCAUAUCAAGCAAGGAAUGUUUUCCUAAGAUUAGGUUUCUAUGUUCAGCUUCAAAGUAAUAAAACUCCAUAUGGCGUAUGUUUUUCUACCUCCCUGGAAGAGCUAUAUCGGGCUGGGAAUGUUUGUCUAACGCUUGCUCAGGGGAGGUAGGAAAAACGUUCCCACGAUGCAGAUGCAGUUUUAUUACUUAGUACUUUUCCACUCGAUUCGUUUUGCUUGCAAGUGUCGCAUACUUGCGUUAAAUUAUACCCUUAAAAGAAAGCAGAUGGCACCAUUCAUAAAGUGCCAUCUGUAUUAGAAUUUCUUACAAUAAGAAUUUAGAAUACCAAUUAGAAUUGGUUGAACGUGUAGGAUAAUUAAUAUGUAUAUGUUAAGAAUUAUUCCCAAAUCAUGUAUAAAUAGUACUAGCGGUUUGGGAAAUAAAGGUAGUCAUUAUUAUCCAUCAAGUGAAUCACUUUCUUUCUCUUCAAGAGAAAAUUCCGUUGCUCACAGUUGCCUUUGAAGAACUUGAUUUAAUCUUCAGGAAGCAUAGAACCAAAUUGCUGGUGACUAGCCCUGGAAUUCAUUCAAUCUUGUUCGGAAAUUGCAACUUAUCCGAAAUCAUCCGAAACACUUUUAAUAUUGGUGUCCUCCAGAGAGGAUAAAUUAACUCACACCUUCGCGGAACGGAUCGAAUCGGAAUUUCGGAAAUCUUUCCAAGGAGGAAAGGAGGAUCGGAAAGUGAAUUUACUAAUUGGCGCCAACGACCAACGAGGAGGAAAGAUAGGAAGCCUCAAUAGGAAUCAGCUCGGGAUAAUUGGAGCUGAUUACACCACAUCAAAGGAUAGGAACAAAUCGAGAUUUGCCGCGUAAGUCGUAGCGUCGCAUCAGGAUCAUCGAUUAACGUUCCGCUUUAAAGGAAUUGGCGCCUACGACCACAGAGGAAAGUGACUCACGGUUUCGCGGAUUGUAAUUCGGAAAAUUCCAACGAGGAGUUUUAUUGGAUCAGUGACGUUGUGUUUAAAUGGAUCAUCGAGUGACAAAAUUAUUCUUUCAAUGAGGAUGUUAGAAUAAAUUAUAUCGAAGGAUUGGCCGCGUAAGUCGUAGCGUCGCAGAACGGGAUCAUCGAUUGUCAUCAAGUUGUCGUCGAACUGUCAUCAACCGUUUACUCAGUAAAGGAAAACUGGGUAAUUUAUGAAAUCUGAUCGCCUUAGUAAGGCGGGAAAAUGAUUUCACACUGAAUUAAUUAGGACUCGGACAAACGGAUCGGCCGUUACGAGCUAAUUCAGUGAAGAUUGAUUGAUGUAUCGGAGAAAUACAAAUCAAUAAAAAUGUCGUCAAUGAACUACAUUAUGAAUCCACAUGGACGUUGCCCACUGUGUACAAGUAUGGAUAAAAAAGAUGACAUGGUGUCAUGCAACAGGUGCAUGGCACAGUUCCAUUUAUGUUGUGUCGGUAUUAGAGAUAAACCGAACAAAGGAUAUCAAUGGAUAUGCGCUAAGUGCAGCGAGAUAUCUGCAUUGGAAAGUAAAUUGGCGGAACUUAAUGAAGUUCUGUCUCAACAAUUAUCAGGUGAUGUCAAGUCAACGACAUCACCGCAAGAAAUAUCAUUCGAGGUAGAGAAGCUACGACUCGAAUUGAUGAAUGUCGAAGGAUCGACAGAUUCUGAUGUUAUAGAAAUAUCAGAAAAGUUGGAUAAGCUGGUCGUCAACUUAGGCUAUUUGGAUAAAUAUAGCUUCAAUCCAUUCCGAUAUUGUAAUUCAACCCUACUCGGAUGUUUGAUUGAAAAGCUUCCAACGGAUUUAAAUCAAAAGUCUUGGAAGUUUGUUGCGCAAUUUGCAAGAAAUAUUCGUCAACCAUCUGUAGAUAUUGUUCCCACAUUGGAUGUGUUCAAUGCAUGGCUCAAGCCACAUGCAGAGGAACUGAAGCGAAUGAAUGCUUUAAAGCAAUAUCUCAAUCGAAGUUAUGAAAAUUUAAUCGAUUGGAAUGGAGCAGAAGAGGCUCAAUGCACUAAUGAAAUUAGUGAUAAUGGUAAAAUGGAUAAUGGCAAUUCCUGCGUAAUUGAAGUUGAUCAGAACGAGAGACCCUGUCGCCCUCCUGCCAGGUGCAGCAUACCAGAUCGGUAUCGAGCGGAAUAUUUUGAAUCAAGUAAUCAUGAGGAUCCCGAGCUCAGUAGAGUUGAACCAGGGAAACGGUUUAUCGAUAGAGAUAAGCUUGUUCCGGAUCGGGAACAAGAAGUAUCAAAUGAGCUACCAGAAGAACAAUCAAUUACGGAAUCUGAGGAUUUAGCUGUUCUUUUCGAACAACUCCAAGAAGGUGAACAACAAUUCAGAAAUGACAUCAAAUGUACUGCACCCAAGAGGUCAAAGCAGAGUACAAAGAGAAAGAUACUCAUCAACAAUUGUGAACAUUUGAUCAAAGAGGAGAAACAAGUAGAUCCUGUCAAACCAGAUUGUGCUAUCCCGUCACAGCACAAGAAAUAUGACGCAUAUGCAGCGAAUAAUCUGCAAGAGUUUGGCAACAAGUUCAGCGAAAAUGAAAUAUCUUCGACUGGAAGUAAUACAUUAGAAAGCAUUAAUAUUGAAAAGCGAGGUAAUAAAUUAAGAACUAUUAGGGAGGCCUGAAGUUCAAAAAAGUCC